AUGCUGCUACUUGGUGUGGCUGCUGAAGAUGUCUGGGAUGAUGAACAGUCAGCCUUUGCCUGCAACACCCAGCAGCCAGGUUGCAACAAUAUCUGUUAUGAUGAUGCAUUCCCUAUCUCUUUGACCAGAUUCUGGGUUUUAUCAAUCAUCUUCGUGUCUUCUCCCUCUCUGGAAGGCCAUGUCCUUUAUAGACUCAGGGCCUUUGAAAAGGAGAGGCAGAGGAAAAAGUCACACCUUAGAACCCACAUGGAGAAUCCAGGGCUGGAAUUGGAGGAGCAACAAAGGAUAGAUAGGGAACUGAGGAGGUUACAAGAGCAGAAGAGGAUCCAUAAAGUCCCUCUGAAAGGAUGUCUACUGCGUACUGUCUUACACAUCUUGAUCAGACCUGUACUGGAAGUAGGGUUUAUGGUAGGCCAGUAUAUUCUCUAUGGGUUUCAAAUGCACUCCCUCUACAAAUGCACUCACCCUCCAUGCCCCAAUGCAGUGGAUUGCUUUGUAUCCAGGCCCACAGAGAAGACCAUUUUCAUGCUCUUUAUGCACUGCAUUGCAGCCAUCUCUUUGCUCCUUAAUGUACUAGAAAUAUUCCAUCUGGGAAUCAGGAAAAUCAGGAGGGCAUUUUAUGAGAAGUCAGGCAAUGAGGGCAUUGAUGAUGAAAGGGCCCCUCCUUUUCAUUUGAGAAAAUAUUCAGUGACCCAGCAGGACGUGACUUGCUCCCCCUUGUCUGAAAGAACAUCUCUACUUCAAGCCAACAACCAGCAACAAGUCAUCCAAGUCAGUGUGCCGAAGUCUAAAACCUUGUGACAAAUCCCACAACCCAAGCCACUUGAGGUAGAUCCUUGAGGUAGUAAAAAGGACUGGGCUGAGAAGGGUCAGCACAGCGGACAGCUCCAUGUCCACAGCCCAUGUCCCUGGGAUGACUGUGCUAGAGUUCAGCACCCGGGACAGCAACCAGACCAUUCUUUUGGUAUACAGACUGCUAUGUCCCAGUACUGGCUAGGCACAAUGAUGCCUCCUAGACAUUGUCCAUCCUAUGCAAUAGGAACCUGGGGGCAGUCCCAGGACUGGCAACGCUCAAGGGACCUCUCAGAUUUGCACUGUCACUUCAGAGACAGCGAUGGCAGCGUGAGAGAGAGUGGAGUCUGGACAGACAGAUCUCUCUCGGGCAGUCGCAAGGGCAGCUUACUGUCCAGGCUGCUAUCUGAAAAGGGACAGCUGCACAGUGACUCAGGUAGCUUCAGUUCUCGGACUAGCUCGUGCAUUCUGCAUCAGCAAAACAGCCCCUUGCUCUGCCUUCAGCCACUGGGCACAGAACAUCAAUGGUAA